CCCGCGAGUUGUUUCCCAACGCGGGCGCUUCUCUGGAGUGCGCUGGGGUGCAGUGUAACGACAGUGUCACGACAGUGUAACGCGGUGGCGCCAAGCGAGUUUUACUAUUUUUCGGCGCGGCGUUUCCUUGGUUCGGUUUGCCACGGUUUCCCGCUCCCGGCGUGACGCUACACUGCUGACUCGGGGCGUGACCACUGCCAGUGUACGCCACCGAGCCCGAAGUGCCUCGAAGACGUAAUCGGCCGGAAUGCUGAUUGGAAUGCGCACCACACUGGAAGAACUUUAGUGUUGCAGCUGAACAGGGUUUAUUUUUUGUAAAUUUUUGCCUUAUUUGGGACCAGUCAUGGCAAUGCUUCUGCCUCAGGUGUUCAUUACCAUCGUUCUGUUGUGGGGUGCUCAAGCACAAACAUGCAACUUAUUGAUUGACCCACAAGAUCUAACAGUUGUUGUUGAGGAACCAGUAACAUUCAAACUUUCAUUAUCCAACUGUGCACUGACUGAAGACAUCAACGUCAAGUUUGCAUUCUCAUAUGCCGAUAUAGUGCGAGCGGAGCCAUGUGAAGUGGACAUACCCGCCAAUGCUUCUCAGGGCUUUAGUGAGGUCAUCAAAGUGUUUGGACUUUCUCCUGGCCAUGUAGAGAUCAGCACUAAUGUUUCAUCCCCAGCCAUAAACACUGAUAAUGCAUUUGUUAAAGUGGCAUCAGAAUACUCUGACGUGAUUGCCAUAGCUAGCACAGUUAUUGGGUGGAUUUAUUUUGUUGUUUGGUCAAUUUCAUUCUAUCCCCAAGUUUAUGAAAACUGGAAACGCAAAAGUGUGGUUGGCCUCAAUUUUGACUUUGUUGCACUAAACCUCAUCGGAUUCUCCCUUUAUUCAAUAUUUAACUGUGGGCUGUAUUGGAUACCUGCCAUACAGGAACAAUACCUUGCUCGACACAUGCACAGUUCUAUACCCGUUCUUCCCAAUGACAUUUUUUUCUCUGUUCAUGCUGUGCUUCUCACUUUAAUUACUAUCAUUCAAUGUUUUAUGUACGAGCGAGGUGGUCAAACCGUGUCCAUUGUGGCCAAGUGCAUUCAAGGAGUAUUUUUCUGUUUCCUCUUUAUUUCCUUGCUGUGUUCUGUUUUUGGAGUCUUAUCGUGGCUGGAUUUCCUGUACUACUGCUCCUAUGUUAAGCUUACCAUUACGCUUAUUAAAUACGUUCCUCAGGGUUAUAUGAAUUAUCAACGUAAAAGUACUGUUGGUUGGAGCAUAGGAAAUAUUUUAUGCGACUUCACUGGCGGUGUUUUCAGUGUCCUUCAAAUGGUGCUUGAUGCUUACAACUUCAACGAUUGGUCAUCAAUCUUUGGCUCUCCGACCAAGUUUGGACUGGGACUGUUUUCAGUCUUGUUUGAUAUCUUUUUCAUGGUUCAGCACUAUAUUCUGUACAGAAACCAAGAGCCAGUUAAUGAUUAUGAAAGACUUGAUGGGAAUGACUCUCCUGGACCACCACCUGAUUCCACCUCAAAAGAAGCACUGGAUGGAGAAAUAACUCAUCAGGAUGCUUCAACAGAAGUCGCCCCCAAUGAAUUUGUUACGUGAAAGGAGGCACCAAAUGGUUGAGUACUUCUUGUCUGUACUGUGACAAUAUUGUGAUGCAUUCACAUGUUAAGACUCGUGUGAAGAAAAUCCGUAACUCACAGUUGAUGUGAUAGGACCAUGGGAGGGGAUCAACUGAGACGAACAAACAAUUUGUGAUCUUUGGGGAUGUGGAAAUCACCAUAGCAACUAUUUUAUUUUUCUAAUAACACGACUGCACCGCAGGACAGAAGUCCAGUGGUUGGACAUAUCACACCAAACUAAUUUCUACACAUCUUUAUUAGAAUUUAAGUUACAUGCUUCUCAUUUGUUGUUUGCUGGUGAAAGCACACUGAUUUCACAAGCGUGCAACCCUAUGUACUGCUUUUAAUUUUAGUAAAUUCAAUUUUAUCCAUGCAUCCUCAAAUAUGUUAAGCUUCACAGACACAGUGGUGUCAGCAUUACAGUAGGAUUGUGCUUCAUUCUCAGAUCAAGUUCUAUUCUAUAGCUGCUGACUUCAUGUUCUACAUGCAAACCCAACUAAUGUUAUCACCACUCUGUCUUCAUCUAUGAAGAGAAUGUAACGAAUUUUUCCAACAUAUUAUUUACAUUUGAGUUGUAUGGGUUAAUUUUUAUCUUUGCAAGCUGGACAAGGCAAAUAAUAAUACACAAUUGCAAAUAUGCCUAUGCAUUAUCAACCAAAUAUAUAAGAGAAUAGAAUGC